UUUUCACGGGGAGGCCAGUCGACGUGUUUGCGCGGGUCCGAUAGGCCACGCGUUGUCAACGACCGGGACGAGCUUGACAGAACGAAGAAUUUACCACGUCCACCAGUCCAAACCAGGAACAACAGUGUACAAACUGUACGUAUGUACACUGACUAGUCUAUAGAGACACUGUCAUCAUAACCCUAAAGAUACGUUGCAUCCGGAGGACAUUCUUCAUAUCUGGUAUUAAUUUUGCCAUGUCGCUACGGGAUAACGUGGAGUGUGCCAUUGCAAUUUUCAAAUAAACAGAUAAAACAUGGCUGCGAACAAAACGAGUACACCCAGUGUCUGUUACGUGUGCGGCAGAGCAUCCGGUAAUGGUGAUAAUUCAUGAUGAAUAUUUUCUAAUGAUUAACCAAGUGUCGGGACGAGUGAAAAUAUAAAGAAAAGGUACGGAGUGAUUCAGUGACGAUACUUAAUACUAUAUUUUUACGGAGAUAGCCUAAUGGAACUUUUCGUAUGUCGUUUUAAAAUUAAUAUUAGUAAUAUACGUGUUGACGAGAGAUUAGUCAAAGAUUGACAAUGACGAAUGAGGUGUAGAUAAGACGAAAUUUUGGGGUUAUGAUUCACGUAGUUCUUAAUGCAAUCAGAUCGUUCUUUUAUAUUCUCAUCUUUGAUAUCGACGUACACAAAUUUUGAUUUCGCUUUUUUAACGUUCGUCGCGAAGACGGGGAUCCUCGUGUAUUUUCAAAUCUCUAGUAAGAAUGGCGGAAAGUCCUUCUGACGUUGUUAUAUACACGGUUUUAUAUGCGUAUUUAUAAUAUUUCUCGAAAUAUCGUCUAAGAGUGUCGCCGGAGGACGAAAUACAUUUUUCAACGAGACACAUCCAGAUCGCAUCCACGAUCAUUAAUAAGGAAGUGUAUUGUAUUUGUAUAUCAAUGAAGUGCAUUGUUCGAAAAUUCAUUGAAUCCUAGUCUCUCGUGAUUAUAUCAUCGAUACGUAUUAUCGUAAGACGAAGGUAAUCGGUAAUCGUAAAACUUGUGAACGUAUUAUGACACUACGAUAGGAGAAUCAAGAUAAUGAUUAAAACAGACAGCGAAAAUGUGUCUCGCGUGUUCGGUAGACAAAAUUUAAAACGUAACUCAACGGUCACCGUAAGUCCAGCACGAAAUCGCUGCGACACGCGAUUGUCGCGUACGUGAAAACGCGGAAUAAUUCAAACGUGCCAAAAAUGUCGAAUAGCAUUAAAAAACCUGAUGUGAUACUAAACACCAAAUAUAUAUAUGGCUAUUAAAUAAUUAUAUUAAAAUAAGAUUCGAGCGUAGUACCGUAAAUGGCGCGUAAUUUAAAAACGGUAUAAUUACGUUGGGUAUAAAAAAAUUAUUAAAAAGAAAAUACAAAGUGUAACGGUGUCGUGUGAUUUCGUAUAAAUAUAAUCGUGAUAUCGAUAUUACAUAUCGUAUUUAAACUUAUCGAUAAUAAUAGUGAUUAAAGCAAAGAAAGAAAAUACUUAAGCUCGCGUCGAGUCGCUCACUGCGAAUGAUUAAAGUCUGUGUGAUUUUUAUAAUUUGAUAAGGGAAAUAUAAAAAAGGAAAUGGAGCUACGUCCAAAAAUCGAGGUCGUACGUGUGUCCUCGAUCGAGCGUGAUAAUUUUCGACCUCUCGAUGGCGUUCAGCUUCGAGCUGCUUACAGCCACGUUCGGAUUGGUACGUACUGCCCGGAACCGGAAGUCAAAGCGACAGUUUGUGAGAACAAGCCGCCGAUAGAGCAGACGCGAAAAUAUAAAAAAAACUUGGGACCAGUAUCAAGACUGCUAAGACGUCGUCAACACACGUCAUGCCUUGCAACCAAAUCCUGUGAUAACAUAUAUAGCGUCAAUAGAAGUAGCAACUCCCUGGACUGGAGAUUGGGACAAAUUGUAAACCAGCAAGGCCUGCAAGCUCGACAAAGUAGCAGCUUGGACUGGCGUGUCGGUAGAACCGUGAACAACGGUUCCAGCAAAUUAGAAUGGCGUGAUGCGACACGUAGUGCUGAACAACUUUCAAGGAGCAACCCGUCGACGCCAGGAAACCUUCAGGCACCGAGCACCAAGUCAAAAAUCAUAUCACUGUUGAGGCGCCUCUCGCCACGACUAUCUCGACCUGGAAGCAAAGGAACUUUUCAAUCAUCGCCAGCGGCUUGUCCCUGGGUUCAGGUUGAAUAUUCAAGUGAGUCUAUAGAGGAUACUAAGCGCGAGGAAUCUCAGGAAAGCGAUGUGAGCUUUCAGCAGGAGUUGCGGCUGAACGAGAUGAAAAAGAGAAUGGCUGGCGCAUCGACUUCUCAGGUAUCUGCCAAGGAUGAACCUGAAGAUGAUCUGGAGCAAAGGAAGGAGCAGACUCAUCGCUUGACACAGCCAAGGAUAAAAAUUCAGGAACCGGAUAUCGACUAUAAUCCCUACGUCUACCGAGCUGUGCACGAGGAUCGCGGGAACGAGGAUCGCCGUAGUGGAAACGGCGUUCGCAGCGAGGUGGCGGGUCUGGAGGAUAACGGAAAUUCCGCGGUAGCGGUGGUCCCUGGCGGUGGCAGCACGAACCACAGGACUACGUUACGUCUGAGGCCACUCUCGUUGGCCGUGCAACCCCUGAAUUAUCAUCGGUUGGAUCCCGAUCCAAGUACAACAACGAAACAUCCCAACAUGACCAGCCAGGAGAGCAUCGGCAGUUGCAGCCUGGACGUCGACCGAUCCGCAUCCGACCGAUCAGAGACCACAGUAGGCUCCGUAUCCGAGAAGACUCUGCACAGCCUGAACCUCUCGUGCAACGGUGAGCCCACACCGUCCCCGGAAGUCAUACCUAACGGCAGCAGUGAGACGAUACCAGAGAAGCAGCAACGCCUGGCAGACAGCGAGAAUCUAAACGUUAGCAAUGGCCAUGAGGACAGUCCUGAGCUUGAUCAGCUGACAGCCAAGAAACCGAGUUACUUGGGUCUGGCUUGUAGCAUCAGCGGAUACUCUGGUAUCACCAGGUACGACAGCAAGCUGCGCGAGGGAUUCAGAUCCAGAGACAGUAGUCCUGGGACCAGAUUGAUCACCAGGGAUACGAGUCCUGCUGGUUUCAGGUCCAGCGAGAACCUUAACCUACCGGCGCAUCCGUAUCCGCCCAAGAGCCAAUCAAUCUCGCCUCUCGCCAUGGACCGUCAGAAUGGCUUCUCGAACGGUGUCAAGGAGGAGUGCAAGAUUGAGAGCUUUGUUGAGAACCGAAGUUCCAUGAACGUCUGUCAGGGUUAUUCGGAGGUUGAUAAGGGUGUGGCGUUACAUAGUACCUUCCCGGAUAUCAGUCCCAUAAGGGGAAGUUCACCCAUUAGGAGAAGUCCUGGAAUGAUACAGGUGGUUACUUAUAAUCAGCAUAGCAAAUCAUUCUCAUCGAGUUUCUCCGGCUCAUCGCCAAAGUCCACUGCCGUUAAUGUAUCGAACGUCUCGUUCAGCGAGACCAGUGUCACGAAUGGUUCGUCGAUAGAGAUUGAGAAUCAAACGAUAAACUCAUCCUCGAGUAGCGAGAAAUCUUUCAUUCAGCAACGAGUGGAACGGCUCUAUGGACCAGGAGCACUGGCUCAGGGUUUCUUCUUUAAACGUUCCAAUCAGCUCAAUAGCAGCAAUAACAGCUUCAAUAAGUCUAGCAACAACAACGAUUCUACUACGGAUAAUGCCAAUACCGAAGAAUCCCUUAAGAAUUUGCCGGUGCUAAGACAUCUGCGACCCGAGUUCCGGGCGCAACUUCCUGUUGUCAGUCCUAGAAAACCUACGGAUGGUUCGGAGCAGAUAAUAAAGCCAUUGCAAAGGGUAACAACGUCCUCUAGAAAAGUAGAACAGAAAGGAAAGACAUUGGGUGGAUCAGACGUGAGCAGCAAAGUAUUGGAAAAUGAAUCUCUGAAGCUGAGUGCUAGUGUCACGAGUAUUCCGGAUCAGCAACCCGCAGCGCCGGAAGUGGUCUUGCCAGUUCUAGAACCUAGCGCGAGUUCGACUAGCAUAGCAAAACAAGCUCAGGAAGCGGAAACGGCUGAAGAAGAGAAGGACGGCCAUUACUUUAUAAAAUUACUCAAAGCGGAAACGGAAAGACUUAUCUUGUUAGCUGUGUCGGCGGAGGCUGAAUUGGCCAGUGGCGAUCCUACUACGCUUCCGGAAGAGGCGGCAGGCAAGCUUCGCUCAGCCGCUGGCAAAGCCAGGCUACUUGCUUCUCAAAAGAUGCAGCAAUUUGAAGGCCUCUGUCAAAAGAAUAUUAAUCAAGUUCCAGGCGAAGAAUUUCCAACGACUAACGAAGACUUGGCCGGAUUCUGGGACAUGGUGAUGCUGCAGGUGGUCCAGGUCAACGAACUGUUCGAGCAAAUCGAAAAGCUACGGAAAUCACAGUGGCAGGAGGUGAUUCCAGACAAGAAGGCAAUUACCUCAGCACCACAAAAUGGCAACGCAACGAAGCGUCGAGUCGCCGUCUCCCACAAAGUAAAGCCAACGGCGAACAGCGAAGCCAAUCGGAAAGCACGAGAAGCCCGCGAACAGGCGCGACGGCAAAUGAUCGAGGAACGAAGAAGAGCGAUGAGAACGAGCGCGCAGAAGGCAGAAGAUUCCGUGGAGAUAUUCGCACCGGAAACGUAACGUCGAGCGACAUUAUCAUCAGGCCGAAGAACCUUCGCUUGUAAAUGAGCCUUAACGCACGCUCGUAAUUCGCUUAGAAGUAUGUGCAGUCUCAGGGUAGAGCUUAACGAUUAAGGGAGAGUGGAAACGUCGUAAGAAACGGAAGUAAUGACUAAUUUAUUUGAGAGAAGCCACCCCCCCCCCUUGCGCCCCUCCCGGGAAAAGAAUUCCCUAUACUUUGACUUCCAGAAAGGAAUGAAAAAGAAAAGAAAAAUUCUUGAAAACAAAAAAUAUUUUCUAACGAUCGUCCAACUCGUUUUGCUGCAGUCACUGGUUUUCUGUAGCUCGCGAAAGUUCGGGAUUUAAAUUUGCGACAGUUACGUAACUAGAUGCUCCUUUAUUAUUGGCGAUGCUGCCGCGUCGAGACUGUCCCGGGAAACGAUCGUUCUCGAGAGCGGGUAAUUCGAAUUAUACUAAUCGAUCAUCCAUUUAUCUGGGAAGAAUUUAUCGUUUACUUUAUUUUUCUCUCAACUCUCAUCGGAUCACUGAUCAAUGGCAGGUAAUAGGAUAUUGGCACGCAUAUGUGGAAAUCGUAUAUUUUCCUUUACCCGCCACUUCCGCCACGAUAGUAAGAUUCGACUUUAACGAAUGGUACUGAUAGCUCUUCUUCUUCUUCUGUGAUUUAAUCUAAGGGAACAUUUUAAUGAGAAAUUCGUGAUGGAGAGGCGCUCGCGUCUUUUGCACUUCGAUCAUGUCAUUGAUCCUUGAUCAAACAGAUCCAUGAGUAAAUGAGACAUUGCACUACUACCCUCAUUCUUCGCAAGAUCAAUUAGUGCGCUCCGAUUUUCGAAAAAAAAAAUCUUAAUACGUUUAAACAGCCUGCGUCUGUGACUCUUAUUUGCGACUGAACUAUUUAUUGCGAACGCACCUUUUUUUUAUCUCACCUGUAUUACGUGUUAGCGAGACUUGACAAUUUAAUACAAAGAAAACGCGACGAGAAGCUGAGCGUUAAUUUGUCUAUAUAAAAAUUGUUAUUUAUCGCAAAUCUAUGCGUAUAACUAUACUUGUUGAUAUUCCGAGCAAAUACGAAAGGCUAUAGAAUGAGGAAAUAAAAUUAUUAAGCGUCAAGCAGAAAUUAAAAAGAAUCAAAAUAUUACGUUCGUUCUCGUCGCGUAUUUGCUCAGUGGCGUUUGUUACGAAUGUCUUUUUUAAAUAUUUUUUUUUUUUCUUAGCCAAGUAAUUGUGUUCCUCGUGCGCGCCCAUACGAGAUAAUGAAUUAAGAGAUAAGAAAUUUUUUAUAACCAAUCACAAGAUCGUCUAUCGAUAUGUGUAGCUUUUUAUUGAAUUGUUUUUUACAUCGCGAGCCUGAUGAUUGAAGUAGCUUAUAUUUAUAUACAUAUACAUAUAUAUAUAUUCGCGCGCGUAAUUAAUUAUGUAAAAAAUAUUUAAAAAACGAAGUCGGAGGAAAGACACUUUUAAUGAUUGCGAACAAAAUCUUUUUUUACAUUAAAACAAGUCACCGCCAAUUGUCUCGUUAGCACGCUCUAAGCUUUUACGAUGAAAACAAAAAGAACGACAACAGGUAACACAAUAGCGUUAACAAUGAACCAGUGAUAUCUUUUGCGUAAUCAGACGCGUGAGUUCGCCUGUGUAUAUAUAUACAAAUUCUUAAUCAUUUUCGAGUCCAAGAUCGGCCAUAUUUUUAUCGAUUCGUCCCGUUAAAUUCAUAAGCACGUGCUCCUUCUAGUGUUUUUUCUUCUCCUUGUUCUUCUACUUGUAUAGAAAUCGACGAAUGAACGAAACUGGCGAACGCUUACAAUUUAACGAUAAAAGCAAAAAAAGAUUCCUAUUAUUAUUAUUAUUAUUAUUAUAUAUUAUAUUAUAUUAUUACUAUAUUAUAUAUAUAUAUAAAUAUUAUAAUCCACACAUCUUAUUCGCGCGACACGUGAAAAGCAUCCCGAGCACUUUUGAAUCACAGUCGAUUGUAUUUACUAUUUUACAUUUCAUCAGGCUGAUUCAUGAUUCGAAUUCACGUACGUGCUUUUCUUUUUUAUCAUAUUUUGGAAAUGCGUAUUUCACGUGUCGCGCGAUGCGUUAUGUAGUCCCUAAUAUGGAAGUAAUCACGGCUGAAACCUUGUUUUCUUUUUUUUUUUAAGCAAUAACCGCGUUACUUGAAAACGCAUUGAACUAACGCUAAGAUCUAAGCGUAUCUGACGUAUUUAAAAUCGUAUUAGGAGAGAAUCAAGCGAGAGAAAAGUAUGAAAGAACGAACGAAAUUAAAGACGUGUAUUGAUAACGAUUAACGAUAACCAUAAUGGUUGUAACGAUAGCCUUAUGCUUCUUCCACGUGGUUAAAGAAUCGUCCUGAAUUUUAAUCGUUUGCAAAAUUCCUGACGAUUUCACGAGGCUACAGUGCGAACCGAUCAUUUUGAAAAUUCGACUGAUACGACAUUCCUACGAGAAUCACCCUUCUUUUUUUUUUCUUAUCUCCGCUCUCUUGGUCGCACAUUUUAAAUAGUCCAUAGUUUUAAAUAGUCUCGUCUGUCGAUCGUUUCUCUGUAUGUUUUAUCGUUUUUUCUUUUUCUGCUUCUCGUACCUACUUUAUCUUGUCCGUCGUCUCGAUGGUCAUCACCUUGAUGGUCACGUGUCUUUUUUUCUUCAUUCGUUCACCGACAUCGUUCUUUUAUAAUUUCUCACUUUUAUUCGUCUUUUCUUUUUCUAUUUAUAAUCAUCACGCGAUACGAGCUACCAGCUCUCAAUGCGAGCCGUGACCAUUAGACGAUGAUAAUGACGUUAUAAUAAUCGAAGAACUUACGCCAAAUGACACAUGCCUAAUCAAUACUCAAUCAUGUUAAUUUUACACAUAAUUUUAUACAUCCUUUUUUUGGGGAAGGUCAAAAUCUCUCAAUUUUUUUUUUUUUUUUUUUUUUUUCGUUAAAUUUAUUCGUAACCGGCGAUUACGAGCGUUGCGAAAUCGCUUAGAAUCUCGUCGACGUGUUGAUGAUGAUCGCGUGCGACAGAGUCAAGGAAACCGAAGGAAUGUAACGCAUUGGUUGCGAGGAUAGGAUGUUAUUAUUAUUAUUACUAUUAUUAUUGUCGUAAUUUACUUACUUUUUUUUGUACAAUAAUUCGUUUUCAAUGACUCGAUUAUGUCUGGAAGUAGGAUUUCUUUAGGAAUUCAUGAUAGUCAUCGACGAAUUCCUCAUUAGUGCCUUUCUUAUUUAUACAUAUGUGUCCGUUCGAAAAUCCACUUGACUGUUAUCUCGCUGGUGGUACCGAUUUGAUGACAAAUGUCAACUUUUUUUAUAAUGAUUGUACAUAAUUCCUUUGCGAUUUCGCGAGGCGCUAAAUGUGGAUGAGUCGCGGCUCGUCGAGCAUUGUAUCUUUUCUUUUACCCAAAUCAAAUAAAGGCAAAUAAGACAAAGCAGAAACGAUGUUGAUUAAGAAAAAUGAAAAGAGAAAAAGAAACAAGCGAAAGCCAAAAGAAUGAAGAAAUUUUAGUAUAACGGUGGGAUAGAAGUCAUUCGCAAAUGUAUCUUUAUGGUUAUGUUUCCGGUGUGUAAUUACUUACUUAGAUUGGCGAUAUUUUUUGAAUUGUACAUACGGAGUGAUAGUGUGAGUGAAAAAAAAAUAUUGCAGCGAAAGUUAGAAUAUGAUUAGAAUGCUGAGAGGUAUGAGUGGUAUGAGCGAAGAAUUGACUUUUUUUUUUUUUCAUUACGUAAGUGGCGAACAUAUCGAUUGUAUACACAUUCGCACGAAUCGUCUGACUUUAUUUAAACUGUCGCGCAUAGAGUGACUGUCCUGAGUUUCAGUGUAGUAAUUUAUAUUCAGCCAUCCCACUGUUCUUCCUUUUCUUUUAUUAUUUUGUAACGACUGGCGAGCUGGAAAGUCGUGAUUUUCUUUUAGAAAUAUUUGCGCGCGAGCACGUGACGUUGUUGCUGAUUUUUUAAAACUUUGAUAACGAUAAGACGGAUUUCUUUUUGGUUUCUUUACUCACGCGUCUCGGUCAAGGUGCUAUGCUGAUUUUGAUCUUGUGAUUACGUGAUUGUCGAUCAAUCGGAGACAUGGGGACGCCAUUUUAAUGCCAGUUCAAAAUUCAACGCUCACAAAAUAUCUCUUGUUGGAAUUGUUUAUAUGAAAUUUACGAAAAAGAAAAUCGCAAGUUGCAGAAGCGCGAGAUAACGUCAAGCGUGGGAUAAUGCGUUAUUGAAGGUGUACAGAAAUUUUUAUUUAUAAAUUACAAACGAACGAACCUUACGUUAAAAUGGCCCCGAAGAUCCUUUCCCUUGUAAGCUAGACGAUAAGAUACAUUUGUAAUACAUUUUUUGAUUGGCGUGA